AUGGCUGUGGUUAACAUCAGCUUCUGGUAUAGCACUGAUACAGUUAUUGUUUUUGAGGAUAGGGCAGCAACCACACACAUAUGUUGGUUGCCGUGGUACCUGUGUGUUGUUAACCCUGUCCUGUUCCCUCAACCUGCAGAGCCCCAACUGAAAGGUAUCGUCACAAGACUCUACAACCGGCAUGGCUUCUACCUCCAGAUGCUUCCGGAUGGCACCAUGGACGGCACAAAGGACGAAAGCAGCUCCUUCUUGCAGUUCAACUUGAUUCCUGUGGGACUGAGGAUAGUAGCCAUCCAGAGCACUAAGACAGGGCUCUACAUUGGGAUGAACAGCGAUGGAUACCUCUACACCUCAGAACACUUCACCCCAGAGUGCAAGUUCAAAGAGAGUGUGUUUGAGAACUACUACGUGACGUACUCGUCAAUCCUGUACCGGCAGACCCAGUCGGGCAGGGCCUGGUACAUCGGCAUCAACCGGGACGGACAGGUCAUGAAGGGCAACAGGGUCAAGAAGACCAAAGGGGCGGCCCACUUCCUGCCCAAACUCAUAGAAGUGGCAAUGUACAGGGAGCCUUCGCUGCAUGAAGUGGUGGUGGUCGCCGAGCUGAGUCCGCCCAGAAAAACGGCCAAGACCUCCGAUUCGCCCGUGCUGCAGAACGGCAAGAAAGACCCGCCCUCCAAAACCAAAACUUCCUAGCGCACGGAGAAGACAGGGGGCAAUGGGCACUGACUGGCACUGACACUGACUGGCGAACAAAGUCUUCCUGUUUUUAUUACAAAGGGGUGUCACCGUCAAAUGUUUCCCCCCUGCCCCACCGAGCAGCGCGUAGAGGGGGCCGUAUUGUUCUAUAUUCCCACAGGUUUCAUCCAUACUAAUGUAAGGUUGACCAAGGAUGUGAAAUUUCACUCUAUUCCGUUUAUAGUGCACUACUUCUGACCAAAGCUUGCACAGGACUCUGGUCAAAAGUAGUGCACUAUAAAGGGAAUUCGGGUGCCACAUGGGACGUGUUCCCAAACACCCUGUUGUUCUCUUCACAUCUGUUACCAGGUAUUCUCUGUCCGUCAGCACCUUUGUGACCAUAGCAAUCCGCUCCAUACUUAAGCAAUGAUGUGGAGGUUCUCUUUUCUUUUUUUCUUUCUCUCGUUCACCUUUGGUGAAAUUUGAUUAGUUUGUGACACGGAGUCAAUUUUCCACUUGGCAGCACAAGAGAAACUUCCUCGUUCUUCUCUAGGGCUGUUAACAGCAGCUCUCUAAUCAAAAUCUCCCAUACCUCUUGAAAGAGAGAGAGGAACCUCCCCACUGCACUGCAUUGAACUACACACAUACACACACACACACACACACCCUGCUGAGAGAGAGUGGUGAUUGUGUGCGGGUCAGGGCUUAAGGAAUGGUAAUGAUACCAUCAGUGAGAUGGUGUGAGUCUCUGAGAAUCUGUUUGCAAUACACCCUCCUAUCACUACAACACAAUGUAUAAUUUCUCUAGCUCAUGCCUUCAGCCAGGGAGAUACAUACUGUAGGGCCCACAGCAGGUCAGUGGCACCUUAAUUGGGGUGGACGGGCUCGUGGUAGUGGCUGGAGCGGAAUGAGUGGAAUGGUAGCAAAUGUGUUUUCAUGUGUUUGAUGCCAUUC